AUGAAAGUUUCAAAAAAAGUCAAACGGCGACGGAAAGAAAAAGAGCUAGCUCUGUACGUCCGUUUGCCACAUACAAUUCAAGAUAGAGACGAUGUUGCAAAAUUAUUUACUGGCAAUUUUAAAAUAAAUCUUCCCCGACAAUCUGGUAGAUGCUGCUAUGUAAUAUUUUCUGAUAUAGAAGAGAAAAUGAAGAAUUUAAAAGCUGUAAAAAAUACAAAGAUAGAUGGAAAACGUAUAGUAGUUGCACCUGCAAAUACAAAAAUUGAAAAAAAAACGGCUAAAGUAAAAAAAAAGAUUGUUAUACCGGAGAUAAAAGUAGGUGCAAAAGUGACAAAACACCUUUUCGUAUCAAACAUCAAAUGUGGAACAAACAUUCAAGAAUUAAAAGCAGCUAUUCCAGGUUGUCUCUCUGUUAAGAUGCUAAAACCAUAUUCAUCAGCAUCCAGGGCUGCAAUAAUUAAAAUAGAAAGUAUUCAAUUAGCAAUAGAAUAUUUAAUGAACACAAGGGAAAGACCGACUGUAGCAGGAAGAAAAUUAAGGUUUAAUUCAGAUACUAGAAACAGACAUAGAAGAUGCAAAUCAAAACCUCUUAAAAUUUAUGAUGGUGAACCAGAAAUGGAACAAAAAGUUAUUGAACAA